UCUUUUCCGCUCUUGCGCACUACUGACGCGCUCCUACUAGUUGAAGCGUCAGUGCCAUGACAACAAGACGAUGGCUUCAAGAGGUCGACAAAUGUGAUUUUUCCCACCACGAGGAGUAAAAAAAACCUUCGCGCUUGUGAGACGCGUCGGUGAAGCAAGAUGUCUCUGUUCAAGGCGCGGGAUUGGUGGUCAACGGUCCUAGGAGAGGGCGAGGAGUUCGACCAAGGAUGCGUCUGCGUUGGGGAUGUGGACAACAGCGGGACAGGACACGACAAGGUGGUGGUGGGCAGCUACAUGGGCAUGUUGCGGAUCUUCUCUCCUCACGCCACCAAACCCGCCGAGGGGGGCCAAGGCUCGGCCGAGGCACAGCUCCUUGAAGUCCACCUGCAGAACGCCAUCAUCCAGGUGGAGCUUGGGAAGUUCGUCUCGUGUUCAGAUCUUCUCCACCUGGCUGUCCUACACCCCAGGAAGUUGUCCGUCUUUUCUGUUCUGGGCACGGCAGGCAACGUGGAGCAUGGUGACCAGUACCAGAUCAAACUGGUCUAUGAGCACAACCUGCAGAGGACCGCCUGCAAUAUGACAUACGGAAGUUUUGGAGGAGUCACGGGUCACCACUCGCUGUGCAUCCAGUCAAUGGACGGCAUGCUGAUGUUUUUCGAACAGGACAGCUACUCCUUCGGAAGGUUCCUGCCGGGAUUUCUGCUUCCCGGCCCGCUGGCCUACAACCACCGGACGGACAGCUUCCUUACAGUGUCUUCGGCCCGCCACCUGGAGAGCUACAAGUACGAAACUCUGGCCGUGGCGACGGAGGCAGAAAGCCGCCAUGACCCCGACCAGCCCCUCAAGACUGACGGCAAGAGGCUGACCCCUGACUGGAUGUUGAUCUUGGGCGAGCAGGCCCUGGACAUCUCUGUGCCCUCUUUCUCCCACUCGCCCUCCUCCAUCUUCGUCCUUGGAGAGCGGAAUCUCUUCUCCCUGCGUGACAACGGGCUGAUCUACUUCAUGAAGAAGCUGGAGUUUAACCCUAGCUGCUUCUUGCCAUAUAGCUCGCUGACCGAUGGCACCACCAACCUGUUGCUAGGCAACCACACCAACAUGCUGCUGGUGUACCAGGACGUCACACUCAAGUGGGCUGCCCAGCUGGCCUUUGUGCCCGUGGCGCUCCGCGUCGCCAACUUCCCGGAUCUGAAGGGUGCCGUGGUGAGCCUGAGCUGGGACGGCCACCUGCUGUGCUCCUACAUGGGCACCGACCCAUCUUUCUUCUCCACGCCCAAGGUGGAUGCCCGCGAGAUGGACUACGAGCAGGCCGACGCCGAGAUGAAGAGGCUGCACAAAUUCAUCAGAGAGGCCAGCAGGACUCAGGAUAUCCUGCCUAAAGGCGAAGGUGACGAGGACGUAACGGUUACAGCAUUCGUGUCUUCUGACAUGGACAUCCCUUCGCAAGCUCUGAUCCAAGACAUGGACGGCUUUCCUGUCCCCUCGGUGACCGUAAAAGUGACGGUGAAGGCCAAGAGUGUGUUGGCCUCGUACAAGCUGACGGUCAGCAUUCAGCCUCCGCUUGCCGUCACUCAGGACCAGUUUGUCCUCGAACCUUUAGGUGUGGGCUCGUCCACCGCUGUUGUAUUUUCUGCUUUUCUCAAUGGCCGCUACCCACCUGCAGACCUGAGCGGAGACCUCACCCUCUCUUACAGCUCGCCCACAGGCGUCCCUCACGUCCACCAAUGCCAGUUCACCCUUCCUCUGGCCCUCAUCUGCAUGCCGUCCUCUCCUAGCAAGAGUUGCGUCUUCAAAAUCACGGUGGACACCAACCAGCCACCCGUGGACCUGGCCACCCUCUUUCCUGAAUUUACAGCCCAGUCCGGAGAUAACGAGGGAAACUGUUUGGCUUUCCGCUUCUUGCCAGGCGGCCUUGUGUCCGUGCUGGCCUCCAAAACCUCCCAGCGGUAUCGCAUCCAGAGUGACGCCUUCGAGGACAUGUGGCUGGUGACCAAGGAGCUGCUCCACAGAGUAGACGUUCAUUUCUCCAAGCUAGGAGUUGAGGAUUUCAAGAAGAGCUUCAGUGGACCACUGCCCCUCAAAGACUACUUCCUGUCUGUAGACCACCACUUCCAGCUUCGUGUCAGUGCUCAGAAGUACCAGGACCUCCUGUCCGAGCGGGCCGCCCAGUUCCGAGCAGUCCAGCGUCGCCUCCUGACCCGCUUCAAGGACAAAACCCCAGCACCACUGCAGAACCUAGACACGCUUCUAGAUGCGACCUACUCCCAGGUGAUGUCUCUGGCGGAGGCGGCAGAGGAGAAUGUGUGCCAGUUGGAGGAGGCCUUUGUGCGUCUGAGAAGCUCCACACAGCUGCUGGUGCUGCUGCUGUCGCUGUGGCAGGGCCUCACCCCCGAGCAGACCAGCAUCUUGGAGGCCACCAUGCUGCCGAUGCUGCAGGACACGCCGCAACUGGGCUGGGAGGAGAGCUGCGACGCGGCCGUGUCUCACCUCCUGAGGACGUGCCUGUCUCGCAGCCCCAAGGACCAGGCCACCACGCUGGCCCAGGCCGGGGGGCCCGUGCUGGGUCUGCCCCGAGACACGGCCCGCCUCAAGAAGCACAUCACGCUGCUGUGCGAACGCCUCGCCAAAGGAGGGCGCCUCACGCUGGCCUCCGAGGCCAACGUCCAGGUCCCCGCGCAGGUCCAGAACUUGGCCGCCCCCGGCGGCGUGGAGCCUAUCGCAGAGCUGGCGGGAGAGGAAACGGAGGAGCCUCAGGAUACUACCAAGUUCAUCAAGAAGAAACAACCUUCAAAGAAAGUCAAGAAAGAUAAAGACGCCAAAGACAAAAAAGUCUCUAGUGAGCCAUCGGAGGGCGCCCCGAGAGAAGAAGCCGAAGUGAAGAAGAAGGAGUCGUCCAGAGAGAAGAAGGACACCAAGAAAGAGGCGAGCAAGGAGCCCAAGAAGGAGUCGUCGUCAUCUUCCAAGGAGAAGAAGGAAGCAGGAGACAAGAAAGUGUCCAAGAAGACGUCUGCGGGAAAAGUCAAAGAGAAGAAGAAGGAGUCGGAGGCCGGAGAGGCCUGACAUCGCAAAUCAUUUACUCAGACACAAACGGACACUUGAGCACCAGAUUCCAACCUUCAAUCCCACUGUGAGGCAAACGUGCUAACCACUAGGACACCACACUGUCCUUUCAUCCAUCCAUCCAUUUUCUUGGCUGCAUAUCCUCACUAGGGUCGCAGGAGUGCUGGAGCCUAUCCCAGCUGUCAACGGGCAGGAAGCGAGGUGAACCCUGAACUGGUUUCCAGCCAAUCGCAGGGCACAUAGAGACAAAGAGUCGCUCUCCCCAUCACACCUAGGGGCAAUUUAGAGUGUCCAAUGAAUGCAUGUUUUCAGGAUGUGGGGGGAAACCAGAGUGCCCAGAGGAAACCCACGCAGGCAUGAGGAGAACAUGCAAACUCCAGGAUUGAACCUGGGUCCUCAGAACUGUGAGGCCAACGCGUUUCCAGCAGAGUCACCGUGCUGCCGCCUUACGUACAUAUACAUUAUAAUUUCAACUAUUCACACUCCUCAUCCUUUUUUUUUUCACGCAAAGUCGCGUGGAAUUGACGAAACCUUACACUGUGAAAAGUGCAGGCGUUCCCGCACCCCCCACAUUUGGGAAAAAGGUGAGCGGUUCGAAACCUUACACUUUGAAAAGUGGGGGUGUCCAAAGAGCCGAAUCUCCCCCACGGGCGCAACAAAAAAAAAAAAAAUUGGCAUUCACAAACCUGUUAGUUGGGGGCACGGCGUGUCAACUGGUAAAUCGUUGGCCUCACAGUUCUGAGGUCCCUGGUUUAAUCCUGGACCUGCCUGCCUGUGUGGAGUUUCCAUGUUCUCCCCGUGCCUGCGUGGGUUUUCUCCGGGCACUCCGAUUUCCUCCCACAUCCGAAAAACAUGCAACAUUAAUCGGACACUCUAAAUUGCCCCUAGGUGUGAUUGUGAGUGCGUCUGUUUGUCUCGAUGUGCCCUGAGAUUGGCUGGCGACCAGUUCAGGGUGACAGCUGCGAUAGGCGCCAGCACUCCCACAACCCUCGUGAGGAUAAGCGGCAAAAUAAAACGGAUGGAUGGAACCUGUCAGUGGAAAAAAGUUUGGCUGUUUUAACACCUCCAAUGUGGGCGUUGAAUGUUUGGGUAUCCGAGCACCCACAUCCCCGGGGCCAUGAUGAAAAGUUUAUGAUUUGAAAGCUUUCAUUGAGCAACGAAUAAUUGUCAAAACACCCAAAUUAACACCCACCUUCUCCACUAAACUGAACCUUACACCGGGAAAAGUUUGGAUGUCUCAACACCCACAUCCCGCGUUUUGAAACCUUUCAGUAAAACAAGCGUGGCUAUCGAAACACCCACAAGGAAUCCACACAAGAUUGGCCGAUUUUUGCAGAAACUUACUGUGAAAUAGCCUAUGGACUCGCUAGUGGAAUUCCUAAGAGACCCCCUGCCCUCUAGUUAUCCCCCCGAAGCCCCCCCGCCCCCCUCCC